AAUAUGUCUGCCUCCUUGGUGUGCUGCUGAGGGGAGUUUGGCACUCCGGGACGUUUUCCUUCUGCUUUCCUAUCCCUGCUGUCGGGGAACCCUGUGGACGACAAGGAGCUACCGGCUGCCCGAGGCGGGGACUGCGAUGGACUGGGCUAGGCUCCCGUCUCAGCAGCUGGGCAAAAAGCCAGCCCCGGCGCGGGGGUAGGACCUUUCCUCUCCAUACCGGCCACUACAAGCUCUCGGGAAGAGGCCCAGGAAGAAGAAGAGUUGAUCCCAGCUCCUGAUCCGGACUGACCCCUUCCAGAGCUGGACUUACUCCGGGGUGAGCCGCCCUCCCCUAGAUCUUCUCCAAGGAUAGACAGAGCCGUGCCUGGAUAAGAAAGGCGCCUACAGCGAAGCUGCCCCCCCAUCCCUGCAUGCUGAGUCCUUAACUAAUUUCCCCCCCACACACGUUUUUGUAGUUCUGCCUUGAGCAGGAGACCAUGUUGCAAGCCUUCUCCUCUGUGAAGCUCUUGUUGUGGAAAGGGUUCUCCGCUAAGAAUCCCACUUGAAUCCAGAGCAAAGAGCCAAUGAAACUCCAGUUAUCUGUGCUACCAACCUCUCAGAAACAACAGUGGCUCCAGUCACUACUUGAAAGAAAAGGCUGCUGUUCUAACUCUGCACCUGAGUAGGAACUUUGUGACUUUCCAACUUGCGCAUUGCCCUCAAACUCUGCAGGGACUCGAGGCAUAAGCUUUACCACAAGAAUGGCAAGCCUAUCCUGCCAUCAUUGUAACUAUUAUACUUAAUCCAGUGAUUGGCCUCGGUUGGGACUCUCUGCUAGAUUGCCACUACUGUCUGAAAUAUUUGUAGAUUCAUUGUCUUGAGCUUUAUUUUGAAUAAGUUCUCUAUACUUUUCUGCUAAACUUAUUCAUUUUGCUAAACUCAUUUAUUCAUUCUAAACUCAUUCAUUCUUGUGUGGACGAGUGGCUUCAAUAGAGAUAUUUAUCUGUAACCACUCUGUCUCCCUAAUACUGAGAAACAAUUCAUGGACCUGCUUAUCCUACUUUUGAAGAAAGCAGAAAAACAGGCUCCGUAAGCCAAUCUUUGAACUGCAUUAUCUAGAGUGUUAAUCAGUUUCCGACUAGAGAGUUGUCACCUAUAGGAUGAUUGCAUUAUUCCCCAAGCUUGCACAUCCCAAACUGAAAUCCCUCAGCAGUUGAUCAAAGAACGCUGUCAUAAACUUUUUAUAAUUGAAAUCUACUUUGAGCAAGGCACUGCUUCCAAAAAUUCGCUGGAAAAGCAAUCAACAGAUUCCUUUGGUCUCCUGGCUACCUUCCUCUGCACACUUUGUUGAGAAGAUUUCUGAUCAGUGGUUCCUUUGUUUCUCUUCUACCCUUAUGGAGUCUGAUAUGCUGCAGUCACCCCUUCUGGGGCUUGGGGAGGAAGAUGAGUCUGACAUGAUUGACUGGAAUCUAUCUUUGGCCUUCAUGAAGAAGAGGCACUGUGAGAAGAUUGAGGGCUCCAAGUCACUGGCUCAGAGUUGGAGGAUGAAAGACCGGAUGAAGACUGUUAGUGUUGCCUUAGUAUUGUGCCUAAAUGUUGGCGUGGACCCUCCUGAUGUGGUGAAGACAACGCCAUGUGCCCGUCUUGAGUGCUGGAUAGAUCCUCUGUCAAUGGGGCCGCAGAAAGCUCUGGAAACAAUCGGUGCAAACUUGCAGAAACAAUAUGAAAACUGGCAACCAAGGGCCAGGUACAAGCAAAGCCUUGAUCCUACAGUGGAUGAAGUUAAGAAGCUGUGUACCUCAUUACGUCGAAAUGCCAAGGAAGAGAGGGUCCUCUUCCACUACAAUGGACACGGUGUUCCCAGGCCCACAGUGAAUGGAGAAAUCUGGGUCUUCAACAAGAACUACACCCAGUACAUCCCUUUAUCCAUAUAUGAUCUGCAGACAUGGAUGGGCAGUCCCUCCAUUUUCGUGUAUGACUGCUCAAAUGCUGGUCUUAUUGUCAAAUCUUUCAAACAGUUUGCCCUACAGAGGGAACAAGAGCUGGAGGUGGCAGCCAUUAAUCCAAACCACCCCCUGGCUCAGAUGCCUUUACCCCCUUCAAUGAAGAAUUGCAUUCAGCUGGCGGCAUGUGAAGCUAACGAGUUGUUGCCAAUGAUCCCUGACCUGCCAGCUGACCUGUUCACAUCCUGCCUUACUACACCAAUCAAGAUUGCUCUGAGAUGGUUUUGCAUGCAGAAGAGUGUGAGAUUGGUUCCAGGAGUCACACUGGAUUUAAUAGAAAAAAUUCCUGGGAGGCUAAAUGACAGAAGAACGCCUUUGGGGGAAUUGAAUUGGAUAUUUACAGCCAUCACAGAUACAAUUGCAUGGAACGUCCUACCUAGAGAUCUUUUCCAAAAGCUGUUCAGGCAAGAUCUACUGGUGGCAAGCCUCUUUCGAAACUUCUUAUUGGCAGAAAGGAUAAUGAGAUCUUACAACUGCACACCAGUGAGCAGUCCUCGUCUACCUCCAACUUAUAUGCAUGCCAUGUGGCAGGCUUGGGACCUUGCUGUGGAUAUAUGCCUUUCUCAGUUGCCUACCAUAAUAGAAGAAGGUACCGCAUUCAGGCACAGCCCAUUCUUUGCUGAACAGCUUACAGCAUUUCAAGUAUGGCUGACGAUGGGAGUAGAAAAUCGCAAUCCACCUGAACAGCUUCCCAUUGUAUUGCAGGUGCUGUUGAGUCAAGUGCAUCGGCUGCGAGCUCUUGAUUUACUGGGACGAUUUUUAGAUCUGGGACCCUGGGCUGUUAGCUUGGCAUUAUCUGUUGGUAUUUUUCCCUAUGUGUUAAAGCUGCUUCAAAGUUCUGCUCGAGAGCUAAGGCCUCUCCUGGUUUUUAUCUGGGCGAAAAUCCUUGCAGUGGACAGUUCUUGUCAGGCUGAUCUCGUGAAGGACAAUGGUCACAAGUACUUCCUUUCCGUUUUGGCAGAUCCCUAUAUGCCGGCUGAACAUAGGACAAUGACAGCUUUCAUCCUGGCAGUGAUUGUCAACAACUACAAUACAGGGCAGGAAGCCUGUCUUCAAGGAAAUUUGAUUGCCAUUUGCCUGGAGCAGCUGAAUGACCCACACCCUCUUCUGCGCCAGUGGGUGGCUAUUUGCUUGGGGCGUAUCUGGCAGAAUUUUGACUCUGCACGAUGGUGUGGUGUGAGGGAUAGUGCCCAUGAAAAACUCUACAGCCUUCUCUCUGAUCCAAUCCCAGAGGUUCGCUGUGCUGCAGUGUUUGCCCUUGGUACCUUUGUAGGCAAUUCAGCUGAGCGAACUGAUCAUUCUACCACCAUUGAUCACAAUGUUGCAAUGAUGCUGGCCCAGCUCAUCAAUGAUGGAAGUCCCAUGGUCCGAAAGGAGUUGGUGGUAGCACUGAGUCACCUUGUGGUCCAAUAUGAAAGCAAUUUCUGCACAGUUGCCUUGCAGUUUAUGGAAGAAGAGAAAAACUAUGCACUACCUUCACCUGCUGCUCCAGAGAGUGGAAGCCUGACUCCAGUGCGGGACAGUCCAUGCACACCAAAACUCCGUUCUGUCAGCUCCUAUGGGAAUAUUCGACAAGUCACUACAGCAAGGAACUUGAAUAAGUCAUUGCAGAAUCUCAGCUUAAAUGAAGAAUCUGGGAGUGCUGUUGCAUUUUCCCCUGGGAACCUUAGCACCAGUAGCAGUGCCAGCAGCACCUUGGGCAGUCCUGAGAAUGAAGAAUAUAUCCUCUCUUUUGAAACCAUUGACAAGAUGAGAAGAGUCAGUUCCUACUCAUCACUGAAUUCCCUGAUAGGAGUUUCAUUUAAUAGUGUUUACACACAGAUUUGGAGAGUCCUCUUACACCUGGCUGCUGACCCAUACCCAGAUGUUUCAGAUUUGGCUAUGAAAGUGCUCAACAGCAUUGCUUACAAGGCAACUAUAAAUGCCCGCCCCCAGCGCAUCCUUGAUACUUCCUCUCUCACGCAAUCUGCCCCAGCCAGUCCUACAAACAAAGGCAUGCACAUACACCAAGUGGGAGGAUCUCCGCCAACCACAAGCACAAGUAGCUCCAGCUUGACGAAUGAUGUGACAAAACAGUCUGUCAGCCGGGACAUCUCAUCUGUAAGACCUGCAAAUGCAGGCAGUGUAGGGGUACAAUACACACCCCACUCUCACCAGUUUCCUAGAACCAGGAAGAUGUUUGACAAAGGCCCAGAUCAGACAACUGAUGAUGCUGAUGAUACUGUGGGGCACAAAAACUUCAUGUCAGCAACAAUGCAGACAGGCUUUUGUGACUGGAGUGCGAAGUAUUUUGCUCAGCCAGUGAUGAAGAUUCCAGAAGAACAUGAUUUGGAGAGCCAGGUCCGGAAAGAGAGGGAAUGGCGAUUUCUGCGCAACGCCCGAGUCCGAAAGCAAGCACAGAAAAUCAUCCAAAAAGGUAUUUCACGAUUAGAUGAUCAAAUCUUUCUGAACAGGAACCCUGGCAUGCCCUCUGUAGUCAAGUUUCACCCAUUCACCCCAUGCAUAGCAGUGGCUGACAAAGACAGCAUCUGUUUCUGGGAUUGGGAAAAAGGAGAAAAGCUGGACUAUUUUCAUAAUGGAAACCCACGCUACACCAGGAUCACUGCCAUGGAAUAUCUGAAUGGGCAAGACUGUUCUCUGCUCUUGACAGCUACAGAUGAUGGUGCUAUAAGGGUAUGGAAGAACUUUGCUGACCUGGAGAAGAACCCAGAGAUGGUAACAGCCUGGCAGGGUUUGUCGGACAUGCUGCCAACCACACGCGGUCUGGCCCGAAGGGUUUCAAUCUAUCUUGACAGAAGUAAACAGGGAGGAGCAGGGAUGGUGGUAGACUGGGAGCAAGAAACUGGCCUUCUCAUGACUUCUGGAGAUGUGCGAAUUAUCCGGAUCUGGGAUACAGACCGAGAAAUGAAAGUGCAGGAUAUUCCCACGGGGGCUGACAGCUGUGUCACCAGCCUAUCAUGUGACUCUCAUCGCUCCCUCAUUGUAGCAGGGCUAGGUGAUGGCUCCAUUCGUGUCUAUGACAGGCGGAUGGCUCUCAGUGAAUGCCGUGUGAUGACGUAUCGAGAGCAUACAGCCUGGGUGGUGAAAGCAUAUUUGCAGAAACAUCCUGAAGGAAACAUCAUGAGUGUCAGUGUAAACGGGGAUGUCCGUUUCUUUGACCCAAGAAUGCCAGAGUCCGUGAAGGUCCUUCAGAUAGUCAAAGGAUUGACAGCUCUAGACAUUCACCCACAAGCCAAUCUGUUUGCCUGUGGCUCUAUGAAUCAGUUCACUGCAAUCUACAAUGGAAAUGGUGAACUAAUCAACAAUAUCAAGUAUUAUGAUGGAUUCAUGGGCCAGAGAGUGGGUGCCAUCAGCUGCCUGGCCUUCCAUCCACACUGGCCUCACCUGGCAGUCGGAAGCAAUGACUACUACAUCUCAGUAUACUCAGUGGAGAAGCGCAUCAGAUAACACUGUGUGACUGCUUUGUCAGAGCAGGACAUCUUCUGGCAGGCGGGACCAUGUCUCCCUCAUGAUGUACAUAGUGAAACUAUCGACUUGAAUGUUUAGUGUUGUUGGCUGCUGCUGCUGCUGCUGCUGUGCAACCCCUGUAACUUGAACAUUUUUGUCUCCUGAUUUAGCUACUGAUGGUUUUGAGUCAACGGGGAGGGAGAGGAGCUGCCUCUUGCUUUUCUUCACAGCCAUAGCCUCCAAGAGCUACCAAAAAGGAGCAUUUAUAUUUACUGUGGGUUCUGCCACCAUGAUCUGUGACUGCUUCUCUGGUUGCUUCACAAUAUGGCUCCUGUGAACUAAUGAGACAAAUUUUCUUCUUGGAAGAAGGGGUGAGGUUUCCUUUAAAUCAGGAAUGAAUUCAGAACUUAUCUACUGUUCCACAUAUUCUACCUAGAACGUCUGUGGCUGCUACCCAUUUGUGCCAAGUGUUGGCCCCAGCAGUCAUAUGCUAGCAGGCUGCCCAGUCUUGGAUAGUCUGUGUGUAUGUUUCUACUCUAUAUGCCACUGACCACCUUUUCGAGCAUGCACUGUUCCACUGGAAAUAGAGAAAAGAAAUUCAUGGGAGUUCUAAGGAAUAGAGGGUCUCAGUGCUGCAGAAACUACUACGGAAUUGGCUGCCACUAUGGAGGGGCAGACAGGAAACUACCGCAGUUCCUUGGUGUCCGUUGGGAAACUGGAGUGAUACAUAGCUGCAUCAGAACAUGUGACAGGACAGGAGACUUUCCCCUCUUGUGUCCAUUCCAUCCUUAAAUUGCUCCAGUCAUCCUCUCCACCUUUUGCUUGCAGCAGAACCCCAUAAGCACAACAUAUGGCCUGCUACCUCCACGUAGACAGUAAGGAGUUUGCUUAUCAUUGUGCCACUGCCUUAAAUGCUCCCACACCCCAUGCUCUCCUUUUGCAGAAGUGCUAUUAUUCAGCUUGGUAAUGGAUGCAGAUACUUGCAGCACACAUCUGGCCUGUGCAGGAGUCCUUCCCCACCCUCCUUUGGACACCUACACACAGGCUGAGCACAGGGACAGCUGUACAUACAUGGGCCCCUGUAUAUAUUUGCAUGCAUGUGCUAAACUGCAAGAGAACUGCUGCUACUCCUACUCUUUAGAUAAUGCUGUUGCUCUCUCACAUGCUGUCUGUCUCCUGUACAGUGAAGACUGCAAUGCCUUCAGAACCUAGGGGAAGUAACCCACAGCUACAGAACAGGUUAGGCAGCUGAGGGGACAAAGACAAGAAGGCAGGGCAGGGCAUUGUGCCAGGCAGGUGCAGCAAGGCACAGGUUCCACUAUCAGUGGUCCACAAAGCUGUGGAGAGGCGUGGAAAUGAAGUCUCGCCAAUAAUGUUGCUGAUUGUGCUAGCACGAAGAGUAGAGAACCAUCUUGCAUUAUGGAAGUCAGUUUUGCCUUUCUUGAGGAAUUCAUCUCCUGACUACUAUGAAGCCUGUUCUGGGUAUAUCUUUGCAGGCUGACAGCCACCAUGUAAGGUGCAAGAAGGAUUGCUCAUGUAGCUAGGAACCUGCAUUGCAGAGCACCAAAAUUAAGUGAUGGAAAUAGUCAAGAGGUGACUUGAUUACAGUUUACUGAUCCCAGCGUCAGGUGUGCUGGAAUAGGCAGCCUUGGCCCCCAUUGCCAUGCCUGUCCCUCUGCAAGUGGCAAUGAACUCAGGGAAGGACAGAUAGUUAUGAGUAGAUUUUGCUAACAAAUGUCAAGCUAGAGUCUGGGAUCCAUGUAUAACUGACUUAACUUCCACAAUUAAAAACAAAUGAGAAUUAUUAUUUUUUGUAACUCACAUCCAACACGUUUGUUUUAAGAACAAGAUCCCUUGUGCUUCCUUUCAACUUCCAUAGUCAGGACUAUGGCUGUGGUAUUCCCUUUCCUUUUUUUAACUAAUAGUAUCAGCCAGCUUUCAUCCAGGUGUGCAGGGUGUGUGCGCUUUUUCACAGCUCUCAUGUGGGGAUCCAAUCAUGAAGUUUAACCGAGACUCCAUUAAGCAUCCUAUGUACACAGUCACUUAUCUCUAUUUAUUUUUCCCAAAAAAAUUAAAAGAAGAAAUGCAUAUGUUUGAUAAUAAACCACCACAAGAUUGUAAUGUGAGAGUAAAACAAUUAAUGAAAUAAAUGGUUAAUAAAAUGUAAAUGGCAGAACAA